AUGGCCGCAACUCUGGAAGGCUUCCUGGAGGAAGUGGGAGUUGCAGACCAGUUAGUAUUUGGCCAGGCAGAGCAGAGGCAUGAAGACAGGCAGUGCGAUUUAAAAACGGGUGAUGCUGAGAAGGGCAAGAAGAUUUUUGCUCAGAAGUGUGCCCAGUGCCAUACUGUGGCAAAGGGAGGCAAGCACAGGACUGGGCCAAGUCUCCAUGGUCUGUGUGGGCGAAAGAGAGGUCAGGCUGUCGGAUUCUCUUACACAGAUGCCAACAAGAACAGAGGCAUCACCUGGGGAGAGGAGACGCGGAUGGAGUGUUUGGAGAAUCCCAAGAAGUACAUCCCUGGAACAAAAGUGAUCUUCGCUGGCAUUAAGAAGAAGGGAGAAAGGGCAGACUCGAUAGCUUAUGUCAAAAAAGCUACUAAUGAGUAAUAGUUGGCCACUGCCUUAUUUAUUAUGAAACAGAUGUCUCAUGACUUUUUACGUGUACCAUAUUUAAAUUGAU